AUGGUGACAAAAUUCUACCAACACGGCCUUGCUUUGGCAUUUGCCAUAAAUGAGAUCAACAAAAAUCCCAAGAUCUUGCCCAAUGUUACACUUGGAUUCCACAUCUAUGACAGCUACUAUGAUACCCGAAUGACUUAUCGUUCCACUCUGGACCUCCUCUUCAAAUCGCGUAGAUUUGUCCUCAACUACAAAUGUGACACCCAGAAAAAACUCAUAGCUACCAUUGGAGGUCUUGGCUCUGAUACUUCUUCCUUUAUGGCAGAGAUUUUAGGUCUCUUCAAGAUUCCACAGCUCCACCCAUUUCUUCAUGACAUUUCAUUUAACAAGUCAGAGGGAGAAACCCUCUCUUUUAAUGACAAAAGGGAAAUCGAAGGUGGAUUUGACAUAAUGAACAUGGUCACAUUUCCAAAUAUGUCCUUCCAGAGAGUGAAAGUUGGAUGGGUGGGUCCUGGCAGUCAUGAAGGAAAACAAUUUGUCCUGAAUGAGGACAUGAUUGUGUGGCACAGAGGUUUUAAUCAGGUGAUGCCCCUUUCUGUGUGCAAUGAACACUGCCCCCCUGGUAAUCAGAAGAAAAAGAAGGAAGGGAAAAAAUUUUGUUGCUAUGAUUGUGCUUCAUGCCCAGAAGGGAAGAUUUCAAACCAGACAGAUAUGAAUUAUUGUUUCACAUGCCCAGACGAACAGUAUCCAAGUGAUGACAAAAGUCGAUGCAUCUCCAAAAUUUUAAGUUUUCUGCAUUACCAAGAACCUUUAGGGAUCAGUUUAACCUCAGUUGCUGUUUCUUUUGCCCUGGUCACAACCUUGGUACUAGGAAUUUUUAUUAAGUACGAAGAUACCCCCAUUGUCAAAGCCAACAACCGGAACCUCAGCCACACCCUCCUCAUUUGCCUUUUGCUCUGUUUUCUCUCUUCCUUACUAUUCUUGGGCAAACCUGGAAAAGUGGCCUGCUUGCUUCGGCAACCAGCUUUUGGCAUCAUCUUCUCUAUGGCUGUUUCUUGCGUGUUGGCAAAGACCACAAUUGUUUCUCUAGCAUUCAUGGCCACAAAGCCAGGGUCCAACAUGAGGAAGUGGGUGGGUAAAAAACUGUCCCGUUCCAUUGUCCUUUCCUGCUCUUUUAUUCAAGCAAGUAUCUGUACUGUGUGGUUGGCAACUUCUCCCCCAUUCCCUGAUUUAGACAAGCACUCAGUAACAAAAGAAAUUAUUGCACAAUGUAACGAAGGGUCAGUUGCCAUGUUUUAUUGUGUCCUGGGCUACAUGGGCCUCUUGGCCAUCAUCAGCGUCAUUGUGGCAUUCAUAGCCCGCAAAUUACCAGAUAGCUUUAAUGAAGCCAAGUUCAUUACCUUCAGCAUGUUGCUAUUUUGCAGUGUGUGGUUGUCCUUUGUUCCAACCUAUCUGAGCUCAAGAGGUAAACACAUGGUGACCGUGGAGGUCUUCUCCAUCUUAGCCUCCAGUGCUGGGUUACUGGGUUGCAUCUUUGCCCCUAAAUGCUACAUCAUUUUUCUGAGGCCUGACUUAAAUAUCAGGGAGCAAAUAGCACGGAAAAGGAAUGAAAGAAUCUUUCCAUUUUAA